AUGAUGAAGAGCCGGCAUCAAUUCCGCAGAAGAUUCAGUCUUCAGCCAUCCUCGUCUCUUAAAGAAGAAAAAGAAGACGGACCAACUCGAAGUAUCAGAAAUGAAAGACUGGUGGAGUCAGAAACAGACGAAAAAUCAUCAGAAGCACCAGCUCGGCACAAAAUUGUAGUAAUGGGAGCAGCUAAAGUCGGGAAAUCAGCAAUAAUAAAUCAAUUUCUGUACAACACAUUCUCACCAAAGUACAAACGCACUGUCGAAGAGAUGCACCGUGGGGAUUUUAAUGUCUCGGGAAUCCAAUUAACUCUUGACAUACUUGAUACUUCGGGUUCCUAUGAUUUUCCGGCGAUGAGGGAAUUGUCAAUAAGGUCUGCGGAUGCCUUUGUCCUCGUCUACGAUGUCAACGACGCCAGUACAUUUGCUGAAGUUGAAGCACUCAGGUCCCAGAUACUUGCCAGUAAAGGAACUGUGCCCAUUGUUGUUGUUGGGAAUAAAGUCGAUUUGUUUCAGGUAAACACGGAGCGGACAAGAGAAUUAGUCGAGACGGAAUGGGAAAAUGGAUUUGUUGAAGUAUCGGCGAAGGACAACGUAAAUAUCACUCAAGUGUUUAAAGAGUUGUUGGUCCAGGCGAAGGUCAAGUACAAUUUGAGUCCAGCAUUGAGACGCAGAAGACGUCAAUCCUUACCUCCGCCCCAGCAUAAUUCCCGCACCAGCACCGCCCAUGUGCCCUCGCUACAGCAAUUGCAGCACUUGCAGCAGAUUCGCGAGCGCUCUGGCGGCAAGAGGAAUUCUUGUGUCCUCUCGUAA